AUGGCGCCUUCAAGACCCUCCAAUUGGGAUCCCGUGCUCCUCAUUUCUCAAGAAGUAGCCAUGCAGUGUCUUCAUUAUCUGACUCUGUCAAUUCUUGUACCUCCAUUACUCUCCAUCUUCGCCGAGCCAAAUUCAUUAGACUAUGAGGGCGGAAGCGCCAAUGUAGGGAUGUUGAUGGAUUGGAGAGAGAUGGCCGGUAGGCCAACGUUCCGUCGAAUGCAUGGUGCAGACCGAUGGAAUUCUUUCACGGGCUCCUGGAGUGGAGGAAAGCUGGUGGCCGAAGGUGGCGCUUGGUCCGCAGGGAUGGAUAGCCGUUUCGAUCCAUGGAGGGGAUGGGUAUUGGCAGUAUGCUGGGUUCUUGCCUCAACAGCAGACAUAUAUUACCUAUAUACCCUUGUCCGACGGCCACGGAUGAUCUUGGACUUCACCUUGACCCUGCUCUUCAACCACCUCGUUCUCACGACUUAUUACUCGGCAGCCGUACCGACUUCCCUUUUCUUCUGGGCCAUCAUGCUGGGCAGCGCGACCCUCACAAUCAUCAUUGCGGAGCAGAUGUGCGUCAAGAGAGAGAUGAACGAGGGGCUUGUGGUGGCCACAUCGGGUGCGGAAGAGGAGGAUGUAGAGAUGGGAGGGCUGUUGAGGAGGGACUAGCGAGAGGUGUCACAUGUACUUUAUACGCGCGGGCUAUUAAUCGUCUAGCUUUUAAUUAAUAUAUCCC